ACAGUGCAACAGUUUAAAAGCAUUAUUAGUUGAGUGUAAAGUUUGAUCUGAGGAACCUUGAUUUAUUGGUAUAUCGAAAACAUUAAGCAUCUAAAUUGUAAUGUCAUCGUCGUAUUUUCUACAUUCAACCCAGCUGAGUAGCAGCACGAAGCUGUGGUUAUUGAUCCGCAAGAAUAAAUCAUUGCAUUGCGCCAAUCCCAUUAAUACCAUAUUCAUCAUAUUGACACCAGUAGUCAUUUUCCUUCUCUCUCAAGUUGAGCAUAUUGUGAAUGCGAAAAGCGACGAAAAAGUGCCUGAAACGAGAUAUCCACAUUUGGAAUUGAAUCAACCAAACGUUACUUCAAUUAUGUAUUCACCUCUCAAUCAUGUGGUUGAGCAAAUCGUUAAAGAUACGGCAGCUAGUUUUGGAUCACCAAAAUUGAAGUCGUAUCUGUAUGCGUCCGAAAUGGAUAAAGCUUUGACCGUGGAAGAUGCCUAUGUGGGCAUUGAAUUCGAAGAUCAUCUUAGGGAUAUAAUGGAGUUGCCGUCGAAAGUCAAAGUUGCCAUACGCUAUCCGCUUCAUUUACGAACAAAUCAAAGGGGACGAUGGCCACAUCGAUUAUUUAAGCGUAUAAUGGAAAACCCGGAUAAGGAUGCCUAUCACACCGAGGGUUUUCUGUGGAUACAAUUGAAGCUAUCGGAGGCUAUAAUAAGAUCGGUAAAUAAAAGCGUUCUCAUGCCGCAAAUUCAUAUUCAGCCCUUUCCUGAUGCUGGACGGACCGUCUUUCCUGAUUUGCCAAGGAAAUUUCGGAAAUUCGUAAUAUCCUUUGUUCUUAUAUAUAUGUUUCCCUCGCUGAUCAUCUGCCAGAUGAUUGUGUCGGAGAAACAAGAUUUUAUGAGGGACAUGAUGUACAUCAUGGGAUUACCAAUUGGCUUAAAUUGGCUGUCAUGGUUUAUUGUCAGCUACAUUAUGUUGAUGAUACCAACUGUGUUCGUUGUGAUUAUGAUUAUGGUAUUUUUAUGUCCCUACAGCAGUUCUAUCGUAGUGCUUUUCAUAUUUAUGGUUUACAUAUUUGCCCUAAUCUCCCUGACUUUCAUGGUCAGUUCGUUCUUUAAUAAUUCGUUUUUGGCCAUGAUUGCCAUGUGCAUUGUGCACGUCAUUAGCUUUAUGCCCUUCUUCGUUGUAAAUGGCAGAGAUACUGGUACUAUCAACUCGCUGAUCGUCGCCUUCCAUUUGAAUAGCGCCAUGCCAAUGAUAUUGAUCCAAAUAUUCGCCUAUGAGAUGAAAAGCUGGGGUAUUCAAUGGUCGAACCUAUUUCUUUGCAGUCAUCCCGACGAUCGUUUGAGCUCCGGUCAUAUAUUGGUGCCAAUGAUUCUCCUCUCCAUUCUCUUUAUACUGAUAUGUUUGUAUGUGGACCAAAUAAAGCCAGCGGGAUUGCGUCCAGGCAAACAAUUUAAUUUUCCCUUCACUCGCAAAUUCUGGUGCUCCUCACCUCCAACAAUCAACUUUACGGAGUCUGAUGAAGAGGCGGCGAUCGAUGCAGGUAACCGGAAUGAAAAUGUUCUAGCGUUUGAGAAUGCAACUUCAGAAAAUGAGGUAAUCAUCAAUAGUCAGAGGCUCAGCAAAUCGUUUGGCGACGAGAAGGUUGUGCGUAAUUUCACGCUUAAGUUCUACGAAAAUGAGAUAACAGUGCUCCUUGGCGACACUGGUGCCGGCAAGACAACAAUCUUCAUGAUGCUGGUUGGCCUCUAUGCACCCACCUCAGGACGAGUGCUGAUCAAUGGCGAGGAUAUGGUCGAGGCACCGCGACUAGCUCGCAAAAGUAUCUCACUGUGUCCGCAAAAAAAUAUUUUCUUUGAGGAGCUCAGCUCAUUCUGGCACAUCACCUUUUACAGCCAACUAAAGGGCAUGUCCCACUAUCAUGCUGAACAGGAGGCGGAGGCCUAUCUACUCAAAAUGAAUCUCAAAGAUAAGGCAAAGAUGAAGGUAAAACAUCUGUCUGCGGCCAUGAGACGCAAACUCUCAUUGUGCUGUGCCCUCUGUGCUGGCACCAAGGUGGUGCUUUGUGAUGAGCCAAGUGCAUUUCUUGAUCCAGCAGCUUGUCGAGACGUUUUCGAUCUGUUGCGGCGGGAAAAGGAUGGACGUUGCAUUAUAUUGAAUACACAUAGUUUUACCCCUGCCGCUGUGCUAGGCGAUCGCAUUGGCAUCAUUUCCGAUGGUGAGAUCAUCGGUUAUGGCACAUCAGAUUUCCUAAUUGACAACUUGGGACCUGGUUAUCGUGUGGUAUGCGCGCAGCUGACAGAUUGUGAUGUGAACAAGGUUACCAAGCUGCUCCAGCGCUUUAUUCCAGAGGCUCGAGUCGAGAAAUUUGACGAGUAUGAAAUUACGUAUCGUCUGCCCAUUGCGAGGGUUCACAGAUUCCCGAAUCUUUUUCGCGCCUUGGAGAGAAAACUGGGCGAUUUAAAGUUGUCCACUUUUACAGUCAGUGCACCAACUAUGGAGGAAACCAUCUUAAAGAUUAACGCCAAUAAAAACGGACGAUGGCGUUCUGUGGUUUCGGAUGCCAAAUGGGUACACGGUGCCAACGAUAUACAAGAGUCUAAUAAAAGAAAGCGAUUGGAGAACAAAUGGCGGGCGAUGCUCUUGAAAAAGCUGCUAUAUUCACGUCAGCAUCUCAUCACGCUCACAUGCAUCAUUUUGCUGCCCAUUUUUGUGGCUGCGGCGAAUAUAUCGGUGGACAUUAUGGACGCAGAUGAGCAGCCAAAGGAAAUACCGUCGUUCACAAACUUUGACUCUUACGUUGAUCCGACUGUAGUAAAGCACGUUGAAGGGCGCAGCAUUGGAUUGGGAUAUGGCGAGGAACUUGAAGAUAAUACCAGGAGAAUCUGCGAGCAAUAUGAUGAUGAGGUCAUGGCAGCAGGCGCCACGCUACACAUCAUACAGGGUGGUGUACAAAACUAUUUGGUGGACAAUUUGGAUGUCGCAGCUGAGACCUACAAGCGUGUUUAUGUGGCAGCAGCCACAUUUCGUGAGGGUUCCAUUACGGCCUGGUUUAAUCGGCGUCUAUUACAUGGCAUUCCAAUUACCGUCAGCAUACUGUAUAAGGCUAUUGGCAACUCUAUGGCAAAUACUGAUAUUGAGAUCAUUAAUAAGCCACGGAAUGAUACUGAUGAAGUAUUUCUCAUUAAUAUCGAUAUGAACGAUAAGAAAAAUACAUCCCUACUUAUGUUCUUUCUCUGCAUAUCCUUGGCCCUAUUUAUAAGACAGCCCAUUCAGGAAAGAGCCUUACAAAUGAAACAACAACAGCAUAUUGCCGGCAUUACUGUCUAUACCUAUUGGCUAUCACAUUUGAUAUAUGAUUAUUUAAUAUUGCAACUAUUAUCAGUUGCGGUGAUAUUCUCAUUAUAUAUGAAAUCCCAUGAGAGUCUGUGUUGGUUGUGGAUUAUUCUAAUGGCCUUUGAUUUUGCAGCACUUUCAUUCACAUAUCUCUUAUCCUUCGCAUUUCGAGAACCGCACGUUGCCAUGACCGUUAAUAUUUUAUUCAACGUUUUAAUCGUCAUUGUUGCAAUUAUCACUGUUGGCAAGCAUUUAACGAUUAUGCAUUAUAUAUUGCUCCUUUUGCCGUUCUAUGCCAUGUACUCGGCUUCGAUAGCUGCAAUAAGCAAUGGUCAUGGACUGACUGCAUGCGAAGCGAUGGAGCUGGGAUCUGUUUGUACUGAGAAUUGUAGCUUGAUAGAACAUGAACCGAUGAAUGUCUGGACAGAACUUAUUUACAUGCUAGCUAGUGGGAUAUUCUAUUUUAUCUUGGUCUUGUUGUAUAGCAAACUGCGUGCUUUGAAAUACUUCAUCAAAUACAAUCGUGCGAAUUGUGAAAGUAAUUUUGCCGACGAAGAUGUGAAGAUUAUGAGUCAAGAGGUCCAAUAUAUUAUCAAUGAUGACGAUCUGCUCAAGGAAUGCAGUCUAGUCUGCGAUAGGAUUAAAAAGAAAAUUAGUCACUUGCUGCCAGUCGAAUGUAUAUCAUUCAGAAUCAUGCCUUAUGAAUGCUUUGGCUUGAUGGGACUCAGUGGUGCCGGCAAAACAUGCAUAUUUGAUAUGGUCAUUGGCAGUCGGAAUCUAUCUCAGGGCAAUAUCUACAUUAAGGGAUUGAGCAUGAAGAAUCAGAGGCACAAAUGCUUUAGCCACAUCGGCUUCUGUCCGCAAAGUAAUUCGAUAUUCCCGUAUAUGACGGGUCGAGAAAUGUUGACGUUCGCCUGCCUCAUAAGGGGCAUGCAGAGGAAAUUAAUACCUGACUUUAUUGUGAAUCUGGCUGAUGGUUUUCUGUUAACCAAGUAUCUCGAUCAACAGACCAUGUAUUAUAGCAAUGGCAACCAAAGGAAGCUGGCCAUUGCAAUUGCAUCACUAUCGCCAACAUUGAUCUGCCUGGAUUGUCCUUUUACGGGUGUGGAUGUGAAUACCAAGCACGAGAUCUCUUCAGUGCUCAGCCAGUUGCGGUCCAACGGGAAAUCCCUGUUCAUCACCUCGGACAGCAUUGCCGAGUGUGAAGUCCUUUGCACUUACCUUGCCAUUAUGGCCCAUGGCAAUCUCUGUUGUAUCGGUAACGCGCCCUAUUUAAAGACCCGCUUCAAUAGGGGUAUUUCAAUUAAAAUUCAGGUUGCAACAAAAGAUGAAAUGGACGAAAUUAAUAAUGAUUUCGAUGAAUUAUACAUAAAUUUCUCAAGAGCAACAACAACAAGUUUAAGCCCCAUGGCAUCCGCGUCCUCAUCUAACAGAAAUGGGAGCGUAAUCACAGCAAAAGCAGAUGAGGAAGAAGAAGAAUCGUCAUUGGAUAAAGGUGUGCAAGUGAAAAUGAAGAAAAAACCCAGAAUAAAGCAAAAACCAUCAGCUAAAAGAAAUACGCCAGCAUCAGAAGAAGAUAUUUUUAUAGAAAAGCAAACAGAAAGGGGAACAAUAAUAGUGAAGAGGAAAAAAACUUCGGCAAUAUCCGCAACGGAAAAAACAAUAAAACAUGCGGGAAGUAGUCUUCUCAAUAUUUAUAUCGCAACGGAUGACAGAAAUGAAUAUAGUAAAAUAAUAAAGACUGUGGAAAGAAGGUUUAGGAUUAAUUUUCCCAACAGUUAUGUCACAGAAAGAUUCAUCAUUCGAGGCUUGGUAACUGUCAUAAUACCAGAGGAUCCAGAAAAUGAUUUGCUGUGGUCCGAAAUUUUUCAAUUCGUGGAAGAUAAUCGAACCGAUUUACAGAUAAAACAUUACUCAAUAAGUGAGACAACACUCGAGGAUAUAUUCCUCAACUUUGCACGCAAUUGACAAAUCGUAAAGUGUGAAAAAUUCUUGUCCGAUUUACACCUACGUGAGUAAAAGUUAUCUGUACACCGAUUAACUUCCACUCUUGUAGGCGUAAAUGUGUCUGACGAAAAGUGAAUAAAUUCUGGAUGUGUUUGAAAAUACAUCUCGGUGCCAAAUUAAAGAAGUCGGGCAACUUGAAGUAAGAUAGAACACUCCAUUUCGAAAUGUAUCGUACUUCAAAUUGGAAUGCUAGUUCUGUAGGGACUUCAAUGUAUUCCAUCAAUUAUUCAAACAAACAUUUGGUUCAAUUAAUUGACCCAUGUUAGCAAAUAAAUAAAAAUUAAUUAAAAGCUGC